ACCUCUCAGUCAUGCUGAACAAAGGCUCUCUGGAGGUGUUGAUGUUUACCGGCAGCCACAGUCCGCGUCGUGUCAUAAGACGAGCCGAGCAAGGCGCACUGAAUGAUGGGAGAGAGCACUCGCUGCGCAUAGAGAGGCAGCCUGGCAGAUCUUUUGCAGUUCAGGUGGACGAGGAGGCCAAGAGGGAGGCAGCGCUCCCCAACGACCAGCCUGUGAGCCUGAAGCGCGUCUUCCUCGGUGGUAUUCCUGCAGAAGUAGAGCAGACGUCCAACAGAGCCAACAUCCCAUUCCAGGGAUGCAUAUGGAACCUCAUGGUCAACGCUGU